GCUGGGCCCCGGCAGCCAAUGAGAGGCGAGGAUUGCAGCAGCAGCCGGAGCAGGAGCAGCAGCAGCGAGAGAGAGAGAGAGAGAGAGGAGAGCGAGGGAGGCAUGGCCCUGAGCGGAGAGGGGAACCCCUUCGAGGGAGACCCCGGGAACCCCUUCCAGGACCCUGCUGUCAUCCAGCACAGGCCCACUUCGGAAUAUGCCACUCUGGACGUCUACAAUCCGUUUGACAAACCCGGACAGCCCGCUCCUCCGUAUGAGCCCCCAGCCUCAGCUCCAACGGCUCCUCCCGUGACGCCAGCGCCUGUGUUGCAGCCAGCCAAGAAGCUCAGCCCCACGGAGCCCAGAAACUAUGGCUCUUAUGGCACUCAGGACUCGACAGCGGCCGCCACGGCUGAACUCUUGAAGCGCCAGGAAGAGCUGAACCGCAAAGCAGAGGAGUUGGACAGGAGGGAGCGAGAACUACAGAAUGCCGCUUUGAGUGGUGGAGCAGCCAGACCGAACAAUUGGCCACCUCUGCCAUCCUUCUGUCCGGUGAAACCGUGUUUCUAUCAGGACAUCCCGGUGGAGAUUCCGGUGGAAUCCCAGAAAACAGUCACUACGAUGUACUACCUCUGGAUGGCCAGCAUCGUGACCCUCUUCUUCAACUUCCUGGCCUCCCUGGCCUUGUUCUGCGUGGACACCUCCGGUGGCUCCGGGUUCGGCCUUUCCAUCCUCUGGACCUUGAUCUUCACCCCGUGUUCCUUCCUCUGCUGGUAUCGGCCCAUGUACAAGGCCUUCAAGAGCGACAGCUCUUUCAACUUCUUCGUCUUCUUCUUCAUCUUCUUUGCACAGGACGUGGUUUUUGUUCUGCAGGCCAUCGGCAUUCCCGGCUGGGGCUUCAGUGGUUGGAUCGUGAGCCUCUCAGCCCUGAAGCUGAACACUGGUGUGGCCGUCCUCAUGAUGCUGGUUGCGACCCAAUUCACGGCUGUGGCUGGACUGGGCAUUAUCAUGCUCAAACGGAUCCACUCUCUUUACCGUCGCACCGGCGCCAGCUUCCAGAAAGCUCAGGAGGAGUUUGCGGCUGGCGUAUUCUCCAACCAAGCAGUGCGCACGGCUGCAGCCAACGCGGCCGCGGGGGCAGCGACCAGCACCUUCCGGGGCUCGUAAAAGAGCCAAGGCUCGUGCGCUGGGAAACCAGCCCCUUUUUUCCACGGGGGAGCAGCUUCACCUGGAACAAAAGAAGAAGACAACAAAGAAAAAAGA